AUGAGCAUUCUUACUGACAAGGGAAAAGCCAUCAUGACCGGUGCCCCCAGUUCUCAACACUCGUUUGUGACUCAAACGCCAACCUUGCCAGCUCCAAGUCAAGGCUUCCCUCAACAACAGCAACCGUUUGAUACUACUGGUCAAAUUGCUCCCCCUGGCAUGAAACCAAGGGUAACGGCAACGCUCUGGGAAGAUGAAGGGAGUCUGUGCUUUCAAGUGGAAGCAAAGGGAGUAUGUGUUGCCCGCCGUGAAGACAAUCAUUUCAUCAACGGGACAAAACUCCUUAAUGUUGCUGGAAUGACCCGGGGACGUAGAGACGGCAUCUUGAAAUCUGAAAAGACCCGACAUGUGGUUAAGAUUGGGCCCAUGCAUCUGAAAGGCGUCUGGAUACCUUUUGAACGUGCCCUUGAUUUCGCAAACAAGGAAAAGAUUACAGAUCUCCUUUACCCACUUUUUGUGCACAACAUCGGCGGCCUGCUUUACAAUCCGGAGAAUGCAUCACGGACGAAUGCUGUAGUUCAAGCAACAGAGCGUCGUCGGAUGGAUAGUGUCGACUCUACCCGCCCUUCUCAGCCUCAAGCACCGUCACUCCAACAUCACAAUAGCAUGCCGGGUCCGGGCCAAGCUCCACCCACACCGCACUCAAUUGCUCCGCACCCGAAUGCACCACGACCAGGAAUCGACCGUGCACAUACUUUUCCCACUCCUCCAACCAGCGCAUCAAGUGUGAUGGGGAUGAGCAGUCAGGGAACUUCGUAUGAUUGGGGCACUCAAGGUAUGACGAAUGGCGCACCAGGAACACAACCCUUGUCAAUUGACACUGGCAUGAACGCUCGAUCCAUGCCUACAACGCCCGCGACCACUCCACCCGGGACCGCUGGACAAGGGAUGCAAUCAUAUCAAGGACAGUCGGGGUACGAGAAUUCGAAACAUUACUACAGUACCACGCCCAGUUCCCAAACUGGUUAUGCGCAUCAUCCAGACGGCAGCCGGUAUGGUCAGUCCAUGCAGACAGUACCAUACGGGAAGACUGAUAUGGGUCCACCAAUUGCUCCAGGGAGCGCUAGUGCAGGAGCAGACGGGCAUGAACAGAAGGCUGAUGGAUACACCGCGCAGAGUCACUCGUCCCAACAUGAAAGUGACCACCCAGACAGCGGUUACAUGAGCGCGAACCCUUCUGCCUACAACACGAGCCGGCAAUAUACGUACAGUGCUACCGGUGAACAUCCACACAUGUCUCCUGAGCAGAUGUCGGGCUCUCCGACGCAUCAAGCUGGCUCCGGUCACGCAACCCCAAGGACCAUGCCUGCAGGCCAACCACAAUGGACAGGAGAUUACAACACCCCGCCCCGGCCGCCCACUUCCAGCAAUGUAUAUAAUGUCAUGGGUGGCCGGGACCGCACCCCUCAAGGAGGGCCAACCGACAACUAUGGGAAUCCGACAUAUGCGUCCGCCGGCCAUCCCACGACUGUGCCUUCCGUGAAACGAGGGCGUGAGGACGAUGAUCAAGACCGCCCCAGCAGCCGAGAAUAUGACGGUUACGACCCGAAACGGCGCAAGACGGCACGUCAAGACACGUACAGCAUGCCCCUCAACACGCCUCCACACAUGCAAGCUAUCAAAACCGGCGGACAGCGGUAG